AAUGUUAUUAGUAUCAUACUUUAUUAUUACUUUAGUAUUAGUAUCGUUUGUUAAGAGAUUGAUAAGGUAAAUUUAGCCGGGUUAAAUCAGUUGAUGCUCUUAUUUUUUACUUGCCAGAAUUCGUCCGAAUGGCUGCAUCCGAUGCUGCAUCCCGGAAAGCAGAGUUCAUCAUAGCGGACAAGUAUAGAUUAGUAAGGAAAAUUGGGUCUGGAUCCUUUGGGGAUAUCUACUAUGCAAAGAGCAUUAGUGGAGACGAGGAAGUUGCCGUUAAAAUGGAGAAUAUUCGUGCGAAGCAUCCACAACUCUUGUACGAAAGUAAAGUCUGUAAACUUUUGAAAGCACAUGGAAUUCCUGAGGUUAAGUGGUUCGGUACCGUAAAUGACUACAAUGUUCUUGUGAUGCAAUUACUCGGACCUUCACUGGAAGAUUUAUUCAAUUACUCUCACCGUCAGUUUACCCUAAAAACGGUUCUCCACCUCGCCGACCAAAUGAUCCAGCGCGUUGAAACGGUUCACAAUAAGGGUUUUAUUCAUCGAGAUAUCAAACCGGACAACUUUCUCAUGGGGUCGGGCAACGAAACAUCCAAAGUGUUUAUUAUCGACUUUGGCUUGUCCAAAAAGUUUCGUGAUUCUAGGACAAGAGGUCACAUUCCUUUUAGGACCGACAAGAGUCUGACCGGCACAGCAAGAUAUGCCUCCAUCAAUGCUCACAAAGGACAUGAACAGAGCCGACGAGACGAUUUGGAGUCACUAGGAUUUAUCUUAAUGUACUUUCUUAAAGGCACUUUACCGUGGCAAGGACUCAAAGCUACUACCAAGAAACAAAAAUAUGAAAAGAUUAAAGAUGUCAAAAUUGGUACAAAAAUUGAGGAUCUUUGCAAGGGCUUCCCCCAUGAGUUCGCAGACUACUUAAUCUACUGUCGCAAUUUGGAGUUUGAAGGUACUAAGUAGUUUGUAACUACUUAGGGUAGUUACAAAUAGAAUUAAUUAAUAAUAUGUCUAUUUUUGCUUUAUUUUUCUUUGAAGAGACGCCCAACUACAGCUACUUACGAAAACUAUUUCGGCAGGUAAAAAUCUAAAAUCUAUGCACCUAUAAAAUAGUUUAAUAUACACAUGUAGAGAUCUAGAUAAA